CCGUAGACCAGAUUCCUCGUGCUCUGAUUGAUGCGCCUGGACCUUCUCAAUGACUUUUUGCCGACGAUGGCCUCCAUCAUGGGCGUCGCUCCCGAAUGCUUGUUCCACAUCAUUUGGCGCCACUUCCUAAUGAGAAGCUUGAAUGCACGAAUUGCUGAACCCAUAUUGGCGUUGUUGGGUCGCGUGUCCAAGCGACCAACCCCAGAGACCUUGACAGAGUUAAGAGUGGAGGAGAUCUACUGCGGAGUUGAGCGAGUGAGUCCAAGUGCGGAGGUAUAUACAUAUGGAUGCUUUCCCGGAGCAUGUUCAGCAGAGGAAGCAUAGCAAGACUGUCCAGAUCAGCUAGGGUAUCAUGGCUGCCAAUACUGUCACCAUCCACCACACCGACGUCCCAGGUACAGUCUACCUGGUUGAUGUCGAUCAUUCGGAGACUGGAGCUGCCCACGGUGGCAGACAUGACGAUAUUAUGCUGGUCCCUCAGCCUCUGAGCACUGCCCGUGAUCCUCUUAACUGGUCUCGCUCGAAAAAACUCUGGUCUCUUCUACUCGCCUCUUUCUUUGCCUGCGUCAUGUCAUUCGGCGAAAACAACCUCGGUGCAGCCUGGACUCAGAUCUCGGACGAAACAAAUGUCAGCUUGAACAAUAUGAAUGGUGGCUCGGCCCUCAAUUACCUUCUGUUAGGCUUCGUCAACAUCAUUUGGGUUCCCACUGCAAUGAAGAUCGGUCGCAAGUUCGUCUUCAUAUCCAGCAUGACGAUCAAUAUGGCAGCGGCGCUCUGGAACGCGUACAUCUUUGGCACUGUGCAAUGGUACCUGAAUAAUGCAUUCGGAGGGAUCGGAACCAGUGCAUAUGAGGCGAUCAUUCAACUCACCGUCUUCGACAUGUUCUUUGCUCAUCAACGCGGUACAAUGCUUGCGUUUUACGUGUGGGGAAUGCAGCUUGGUUCAAUCCUGGGUUUGAUCUUAGGCGGGUAUAUUGCUGCUGGGCCAGGUUGGAGAUGGGGCUGCAAAAUCGUAGCGAUUCUUAGCGCUUUCGUGGUCGUUUUGUUCAUUUUCACGUUCGAUGAUACCCUCUUCCCACGACACAUUUACCGCGGUCGUAGUGGUCCAGCUGAGAAUGCGGAGGCAGUGGCAGCGACGGCAGAGACCCACCAAGAGAAGACUGCGGAUGGCUCAGAACCGCAACCUAAAUCAGCUCCGCCGGUCACCAGGCAAGUGACAAAGACAGAAGGGACCAUGUACAAACCUCCUCGCACAUACUGGGAGAUUCUGUCGCCUAUUCACAGCUUUCCAGAGGACAAGACGACUUGGUGGCAAUACUUUCGUCGGCCUUUCGUCCUGUUCUUCUUUCCGAACAUCGUCUGUGCCGGUAUCAUUUUCGCAUUUGGUUGCACAGCAGGGAUUGUCUCAUUCAACACCAUCUCGGAGAUCCUGACCGAUGACCCGUACGAUUGGGGCACAGGUCCUACAGGAUUGAUCUUCCUGGCUGCACUGGUGGGUUCGUUCAUUGGGAUGGGAACCGGAUACUUUGGCGAUCAGAUCGUUUUGCGCCUCGCUCGUCGCAACAACGGUUACAAAGAACCCGAGAUGCGUCUUUGGGCUCUUUGCUUCAGCUUUGUGUAUGGAGGUGUUGGUUAUUUUGCAUAUGGCUGGUGCUCGAAAGAAGGAGAAUCAUGGGUCGGCAUUGCGUUUGGGCUGGGCGCUAUGAUUGCGCAGCAAGUUUCCGCUACCAGUAUCGCUACGACGUAUGCGAUGGAGUGUUUUGAAGGGAUCUCUGGAGAGCUUGUCGUGGUCCUGGCAAUCUGCUCGUCUUGCAUCAACUUCGCCAUGUCAUUCAGUGUCCAACCUUUAAUCGAUGCAACAGACUAUGGGCGAGCAUUCACAUUCUUUGGAUGCCUUGUGCUGGGCUCAAUGGCACUGGCUGUUCCUUUGAAUAUAUGGGGAAAGUCUUGGAGAAGUCGAUGUGCGGAAAGGUAUCACAGAUUCGUAGCUGAGGCUGUUAGUGUGUAGGACACCUUGGUUUCGAUAUGAUGGUCAAAGAGGUAGUGAGUAUGGUGAGCGAGUAUGGUGAGCGGGUUUCGUUAGAUGCUUGACGGAGAUGCCCUCCAUAAGUGGAAGUUGAUGAAUGUUACCUGUGCAUAUCAUAUUCAGGAUACUCGUGUCUUAACGGCAGGUGAAAGUCAUUGAGGUAGCCUGAGUACGCUAUCAUUUACACCGACAUUGAACACGCACUUAGAUUGUGC